AUGAAACGAUGUUAAUCAUCUAUUACUAUCAAUAAUCAUUCAUAAAAACAAACAAUCAAAUUAAAAUCUACCUCAUAAUAUUACUUAAAUCCAUGCCUAUAACCCUUACAAUAAACACUUAAAAAAUACUAAAAUUUUAGUUUAAUUUAUCUAAAUAAAAAGGAUUUCUUUUACCCAUAUUGUCAUAAAAGAUUAACUCUUUUUGGAAACUCUAAUAAUUCUUCUAUCUAAAAUCUAAACAAAGAAAAUAAUCUUAUCCUUUCCAAAAAUAAACCAUAUAUUCCUCCUUUAUUACUUAAGAACAAUUUUUCAAAUUGCCAAAAGAUUUCGAAUCAAUAUAAUACUGAUAGAAUUUAUAAGAAAUUGACUCAUAGAAGUAUAAAAAGCUUACUUACCGAAUCAAAUUAUUCAAAGUAUACUUCUCGUUAAUUAUAAUAAAAUUGA